CGGCGACGGCAGCUCCCCCGUUGACCACGACGACGACCAGCGCCUCCGUCCCAGUCUCAUGCUGCGCGUCUUUCCGCGGCGCCUCCCUCAAGACCCGGCCGCAAGUCCCGGGCUGUGGGUCGCGCGACUCGGACCUCGGCGCGCGACACCACAUGGAGCAUUUGCGCGCCUCCUGAUCGCCCGAUACCGGCACGGCCGCGCCUUGCUUCCGACUACCACAUCCUUCCCGUUAAGCGCCCUCAGGACCAAGCAAGCGAAGAGCAUGGCGAGCGCAGGCAUCACGACGCUGGCGACCGCGGACGUGGACCCGACGACGCAGUCAAACUAUCUGGCGGUUGCGAGCCAGCAUGUGCACUUUGACUGGGAUGUCGACUUCGAGAAUGAGGUGCUGGCGGGAUCGUCGACGCACGACGUGCGCGUGCUGAAGGAUGGGGUGGGGGAGGUUAUCUUCGACACCCUCGAUCUCGACAUCGAGAGCGCGACCGUCGACGGUGUCGAUGCUAUCUAUGAAAUCAAGCCCAAGCACCAUGUCAUGGGAUCGGCGCUACACAUCACCUUCCCCAUUAAGUACGAGGUGAACGCGUUGGUGAAGGUCAAAAUCACCUACAAGACCCAAAAGCAGUGUCUGGCGCUGCAGUGGUUGGACAAGGAGCAGACGCAGGGCAAGCAAUUCCCAUACCUCUUUAGCCAGUGCCAGCCGAUCUAUGCCCGCGCUCUCGCUCCUGUACAAGACACUCCCUCCGUCAAGAUCACGUACUCCGCCAAUGUAACUUCCGUCCUGCCUGUUCUCUUGUCAGCCAUCCGCGUAUCCCCGCCCUCGGACGGCCCGGCGCACGGUGGCAAGGAAAUCGGCAAGGAAAAGGUCACCUACACUUACAAGCAGCCGGUCCCUAUACCCUCCUACCUCAUCGCGAUUGCGUGCGGGAAUGUGCGCUACCGCGCCUUCCCUGCUAUCGAGGGAAAGCCCUGGUCCACUGGUAUCUGGGCCGAGCCUGAACUCAUCGACGCCGCGUACUGGGAAUUCUGCGAGGAUACGGCGAAGUUCCUCGCCGCAGAAGAGGACAUUGUCGGGCCCUACCGCUUCGGUGUAUACGACCUCCUCGUGCUCCCGCCGUCCUUCCCCUACGGCGGAAUGGAGAAUGCCUGCUUGUCCUUCCUGACGCCGACUCUGCUGGCCGGCGACCGCACGCUCGUGGACGUUGUCGUGCACGAGAUGACGCACUCGUUCUUCGGCAAUGGCGUCACGCACGCGCACGCCUCGCACUUCUGGCUGAACGAGGGCUGGACGAACUACAUGGAGCGCCUUCUCCAGCAGGUCCUCCACUCGCCCGCCGCGCGCGGCUUCUCCUACGUGAUCGGCGAGAAGGCGAUGAAGGAUGCCCUCCGCCAGUACGAGAAGACGCCACGAUACCAGCGCCUAGUCAUCGACUUCGCCUUCGGCGAGGACCCGGACGACGCGUACUCGAGCAUCCCGUACGACAAGGGUGCGAACCUCAUCCUCCACCUCGAGCGCACCCUCGGCGGGCUCGACGUCUUCCUCCCCUACAUCCGCGACUACGUGCAGACGUUCUCGGGCAAGAGCAUCACGACGGCGCAGUGGAAGGAGCAUUUGUACAAGUAUUACCGUGAGCAUGGUGGGGAUGAGAAGAUCGCGGCGCUCGAUAGCAUCGACUGGGACGCGUGGUUCUACGGCGAGGGCAUGGACCUGCCGGUGCAAAUGGAGUACGACCGCUCUCUCGCAGAGGCGGCAUACAAGCUCGCGGGCCGGUGGGACGCAGCGCGCACCAGCCAGGUCGACACCCUCGACUUCACCGCCGACGAUCUCAAGACCUUCGACUCCAACCAGAAGGUUGUCUUCCUCGAGCGUUUGCAGACCUUCCCUCCGCUGCCUCUCGCCCACGUGCGGCACCUGGGCUCCCUAUACGGUCUCGAGAGCACGCCGAACGCGGAGAUUCGCUUGCGCUUCUACGCCGUCGCGUUGCUGGACCCGUCCUCGGAGGCUGCGCGUGCGUACGCGCAGGCGGCGGUGAACUGGGUGAUCGGUGACGAGCCGGACGGCAGCGUGAAGGGGCGCAUGAAGUUCAACCGGCCCAUCUUCCGGGCUGUGUACUUAACGGACAAAGACGUGGCUUUGAAAGCGUAUGCGAAGCAGAAGGUAUCCUUCCACCCCAUCGCGCGGAAGAUGAUCGAGAAGGACAUGGGUCUGGCGUGAGUCAGGGACACGUAGCAGUAACAAAUUAUCCUGUACUUCUCGCUGCAAUGUUGAUGUGGCUUGCGAGAUAUCCUUGCUGCAAGACAGCAAAUGGUACUGAAAGAGACAUUGUUUGCAUAGAGG